UGCUUUUCCUCGGUCCCUGAAACGCGUGCAUAGCUUAGGCUAUAGUUUUUUUUUCUUUUCGUUUUGUCUUGAGUAAAAUUUAAUAGUGCUUGGCUUGUCCACUGUAAGGAAUGUUGGUUUCCAAGGAAAGAAGCAAAACUGAGAAAAGGGGGAAAAUGCGGGGUGCGGGGCUGUAGGAACCACCGCGCGCAUCAGCACGUCCUUCUGAGGAUGGAAGGCAGGAACGAGCACCUUCGAUUUUAAACACUCGCGUUUUUGUCUCCACUUGCUAUUUUCUCAUCUCUCUCGGAGAAAAGGGGAAUCGGAAAGGAAGACGGAGGGGGAGGAAUGGGAGAGAACCCGAACCAAGCCCGUACAAAGAACGAGGUUCGUCAGUUUGCAAACCCCAAUCUGAAGCCGUCAGUAUACCAGGCGGAUAGUUUCUUUAAUAACAUUUAAAUCCGAUAAAAAUCGACUUCUCCUCGAGAGUUCUUUGUUGGAAGGGUGUUUCGCACGAGCCACUGAACAGCGGCCCCUGAAAAGAGGACUAAAGACAAACAAAUAAUUGGGGAAAAUAUGGAAUCGGCAUAGUAUUUAUUUCUGUAUGAACACACAAACUACUUUAGAGACCAAGAAAGGGUUUAUUUACGCGUACAUGGGCUUUCCACGGGAGUAGAUCGACUUUUAAAACCUCGGUGUAAUCGCUUUAUUUUAUAUGUGCUUUGUGUUUUUGGCUGACAUCCAUGUGGUUGCCCAAGUCACGCUAUCUCCUCGCGCACUGAAGGAUUCACCUAUAGCCUGCCGGGGGGGAUCUUUGUUCGAAACUCCCCCCACCUUUUCUGCAAAAUUCCCAUUGCUUUGAUGGGGGCGAAAAGACGUGGUUUGGGGAUUGCAAUGGCGUGUCGGAGCAGUGGAAAUGGAUUGGGAAUUCUGGUGGUAUUCGUAGUGGAUUUACUGGGGAUCGCGGCCACCAACAUGGAGCCAAUCUACUGGAAUUCUUUGAACAAAAGGUUUGGGGAUGACAAGGGCUACGUGCUCUACCCCCAGAUAGGGGACCGGUUGGACCUCAUCUGCCCAGCCUCCGACCCCCCCGGGCCCCGGGCCCCUCCCGAAUACGAGUUUUACAAGCUGUACCUGGUGUCGUCGCGGGAACAGGCAGACAGGUGCGAGGUGAUGGGCGCGCCCAACCUGCUGCUCACCUGCGACAAGCCUAACUCCGACAUGCGCUUCACCAUCAAGUUCCAGGAGUACUCGCCCAACCUGUGGGGCCACGAGUUCAAGACCCUGCAUGACUACUACAUCAUCGCCACCUCUGAUGGAACGCGUCAAGGCCUUGAGAGCAUGAGAGGGGGUGUGUGCGCCACGCAAGGCAUGAAGGUGGUGCUCAAAGUGGGACAGAGUCCCUACGGCCUGCCCCCCAAACCCCCGAAAACGGAGCAAAACGGGGGCCGAUCCAACACCAAAAGUGCAGGUGGCGCUGGGAACUCCACCUACCCCCAGGGCGGGGCAGGGGCCGCGGGCGGUGGCGAGAACGGGCCCCUCCCACCCUCCAACGUGGCAGUGAUCGCGGGCGCGGCGGGCGGCUCGGCGUUUCUGCUGCUGGUGACGGCCGUCAUCUGCGUGGUGUGCUACCGCCGGCGGCACGCCAAGCACUCGGAGUCGCACCACCCGCCCCUCUCCCUCUCCUCCCUCACCAGCCCCAAGAGGGGGGGCGGCGGGGGCGGCGGCGGGGGCAACAACAACGGAUCCGAGCCCAGCGAUAUCAUCAUCCCGCUGCGGACUUCUGACUCCGCCUACUGCCCGCACUACGAGAAGGUGAGCGGGGACUACGGCCACCCCGUCUACAUCGUACAGGAGAUGCCCCCCCAGAGUCCCGCCAACAUCUACUACAAAGUAUGAGAGUGGGGGGAGACCAACACCCCAUACCGCCAAUGGCAACAACCCCCCCAAACCCCCCAAACCCACCCUACACCCUCUCUGAAGUCCAGAUCCUCUAGCUUGUGUCUUUCUCCACACACCCUGAAUCACUGCGAAACUGACCUGGGUUCAGUCCAGGGCAGGGAGACUACGGUUGGAUCCCCCUGGGUGCGGCUCUCAGAGCAGACUCAUCAAGACCAGGGGAUGGAGGAAAAGGACCUGGCGAUCAGAGCGUUUUUUUUUUUUUGGUUUUGUUUUUUUUUUUUUUGUUGUUUUUGUUUUUUGAGAAUUACCGCAUCAGUACAUGAACUCCUGUGACCUCCUUAAAAGCUGAAUCUGUCCAGCCCCUUGUCGAGACCAACAUCAGAACUUUGGCUGCGUAAGCUAACUCACAAAUCGCUUUUUAGAUUUUUUUUUUGGUUGUUGUUGUUGAUUUUUAUUUUAGUUAGUUUUUUCUGUCAGGGGCUUUUUGUCCUUCACACAGGGCUGAAGUUUGGGAUCAGCAGAUUAGUCAAAGUUGUGAUUUUGGUCGAGGCCCUAGUUUGUUCAGUCAAGCAUUAGUGGUGUUCAGGAUCUUGUGUAUUUUAUUAAUGUGUGUAAGCGUGAGUGAGUAGGAUAAUAAUUAUGAUAUUGAUCACUGCUGUUGCACACAGUGUGUUUACAGUUGGUGCGUGGUAGCGUGUGCGUGGAUGUGCGUGCGUGUUUGUGUUAGACUGUUUUAAAAAACCAAAACGACACAAAAAAGAG